CGGAAACUGUCGAGUGUCUGUGUUGUUUGGACGAUUUAGCGCGAGGAUUCAAAGUCGUACAAAGUCACGAAACUAAUUUAAUGUGGUGUGCCGACAAGAAUCUUCCAAAUAAUGUUGUGUAUAUAUAAGCCUUCAAGAUGGCCUCUACCUUGUCACGAUUAUCGUGGACGUUCCUGAUAAAGAGAAACGCGCAUUUAUCGCGAUACACGGCGACUGUAUUCACGGAACGAUACACGCAAAUUCAAUCGUUCCAUUCGCAGCAGCAACGGCAGGAGAAACGAAAGAUACACGAAAAGAGAGCGUAUAAUCUGCUAACCUAUACCGUGCUAACUUCUGGUUUUUGCUAUGCUGUGUACAAAUGGAAAAAUGACAUAUGGGAAGGAAUUAAAAGUCUUAGUGCCUAUAAUUAUCCCAUUGUUCACGCUAGCCACUUGCCACCGUCUGGCAAUGAUCAGAACAGAGACAAAUACAAUUUUAUAGCAGAUGUAGUGGAGAUAAGUGCACCAUCUGUAGUGUACAUUGAGGUUAAAGACAGAAGAAGGAAAGAUGUUUUUACACCAUAUUCAGUUAGUGCCGUUGGUGGAUCGGGAUUUAUUGUUAGUCAUGAUGGUUUGAUAUUGACAAGUGCUCAUGUUGUAUUGUGCAAACCUAAUGCAAUGUUACAGGUGAAGCUUCACGAUGGUAGUGUAUAUACUGCAGUGAUAGAAGAUGUUGAUGUAUGCAGUGAUCUUGCUACUAUACGGAUAAAUAAGACCAAUUUACCUGUAAUGAAACUUGGCAACUCAUCUGACAUUAGACCAGGAGAAUUUGUGGUGGCCAUUGGCUGCCCGCUGACUCUCAGCAACACUAUAACAUCUGGAGUAGUGAGCAGUGUAAAUAGACCAAGUACAGAAAUUGGAAUGCACAAUCUACAUAUAGGAUACAUCCAAACGGACGCAGCAAUUACUUUUGGAAAUUCAGGUGGCCCACUAGUGAAUUUGAAUGGGGAAGCAAUAGGUAUCAAUCAAUUGAAGAUAACGGCUGGCAUAUCAUUUGCUAUACCUAUAGACUAUGCGAAAGAAUUUUUGAAGAAAGUGGAAGCACGUAGAAACAAAGGCAAAAAAGAUUUACAGAGUGGAUCCAGGAAAAGAUAUCUAGGCAUGACAAUGCAAUCCUUAAUGCCUGAUAUUUUGGUCGAGAUACAGCAAGAUAACAAAUAUAUGUUCAUGACGCACGGAGUUCUUGUUUGGAAAAUAAUACCUGGAUCUCCAGCUGACAUCGCUGGAAUACAACCUGGAGAUAUAAUCACGUAUGCUAACAAAGAGCCGGUAAUGUGUUCAGAUAAUAUUUACAAGCUUUUGGAAAAACCAGGAACGAUACAUUUUCAAAUUACGAGAGGAACAACAACUUUGUUUAUAGAUGUCAAUCCUGAAGAUAUAGUAUAAUUGGAUUUAUUGAAGCGUAUUGCAACAGUCUAAUAAAAUGCCUGGAACACGAGAAAAAAUUAUGGUAACGUAAUUAAUAUAUUAAAAUAUAUACGUAUCGUAUUAUGAGAAAUUAUUAUAUUAAUAUGGAAUGUAAAUAAUUGAACGUUUUAUUGCAAUCAGAGUAUUUUUAUAGAAUGUACUGUCAUUGAA